AUGUGGCCUUGGGCCCUGUGGGUGUGUCCCCUACUCUGUGGCAUCAAUCUAGCAGCCCCACCAGACAAGCCACAAAAUAUUUCCUGCAGCCUUUACUACAGUGAAAACCUCACUUGCACAUGGGAUCCGGGAAGGGAAGUUUAUCCAGCAAAUUUCACCGUUUCUAUAAAAUCGGGCCUUUCUAUCAGGAGCAUCACCCAACACAGCCUCUGCAGGAGUAGCACCAACUCCUGCUCCUUCCGAUUCUCUGAUCUCCUCUACCCCUCCUUCAGCAUCAUCGAGGUCACUACCGAAAAUGCGUUUGGAGUUGCCACGUCGAACGCCACGGUUUGGAAUCUCCACAAGAUCGUGAGGAUAGGUCCACCUACGAUCCGAAGCGUGGAAAUGGCCCCGGGCGCCGAAUCUUCCCUUCUAGUAACUUGGGAGAGGCCUUCUCUGGCUCCUGAGUGGUGUGAUUUAAUAUGCUGCCUUCGGCACAGGAAAGCGAACAGCGUCUACUGGGAACAAGUGACCCUCAUCAUGGGAAUCAGCGACCAGUCUGGGACGCACACCCUCUCUGGGCUGGACUGUGCAGACUAUACGGUGUCCAUGCGGUGUGAGGCGAUUAACUCUGAGUUCUGGAGCGCCUGGAGCGAAGAAAAAACGGGAACCGUGGAGAGGCCAAGUCCGGCAUGUGGCGGCGACCUAUGGAGAGUUAUAGGGCCCACUGGGCCGGACGGGAAACGGACCGUGUGGCUGAUGCGCAAGGGAUGUUGCCGGCGCUCCUCCGGCUACAGCGUAAACGUCAUCCCGGAGAAGAAGCCGUCUCUGGGUCGGACCGUGACCACGACCAGCUGGCUGGGCGAGCUGUCUUUGACAGGAGAGGCCUACCUGGUAUCCCUGGUGGACUAUAACUCCACUUCAGCAUCUGCCAAAGCCACCCUGAGGAUCCCACCCGUCGGAGAAAGCCCUCCCCAGAGAAUUAAGGCGGUGACGGUGCAGCCCGUCGGCGGCGACGGGCUGGUGGUGGCGUGGGACGCCCCUGCCUCGGAUGUCGAAAGAUUCGUCGUGGAAUGGCGACAGGAUUGGGAGACAGAGCCCGCCGCCACUUCGUGGGAAUACGUUUCCCAGGGCGGGAGCUGGACAGCUGGAGGAGAUAGCUUCCUGCCAUUCCAGUGCUAUAACAUCUCUGUGUACCCGCUGCUUAAGGAGCUUGUGGGAGCCCCAGUUUCCACCCAAGUUUAUUUUCGGGAAGGAGUGCCUUCGGAAGGGCCCGUGUCCAGGGCUGAGAACUUGGGAAAGCACGAAGCGACGAUCAAAUGGAACGAGAUUUCCAAGAAGAAGAGGAACGGCUUCAUCAGAAACUACACGCUGUUUUACGGGGCCGUCGGGGGAGAAGAGAUGGCCAGGACGGUGAAUUCCAGUUUUCUGCAGUCCACGCUGGAGGGGCUGGAGCCCGACACCCAGUACACUGCCCGAGUCCUGGCCAGCACCAGCGCCGGAGGCCGUAACGGCACCAAGAUCACCUUCCGGACGCUGGCCUUCGGCAACCUCGACGUCUUCCUCCUCGCCGCUCCCAUUGGCGGGAGUCUCCUUCUGCUCAUUGUCCUGGUGGCCGCGUGUUCCCUUUCCAAGCCAAAGUUAAAACAGGCCUUCUGCCCGCGGAUUCCUGACCCCGCGGAGAGUGUCCUAUCCGAGUGGCUGACCCGCGUGAACACGGCCAAGGAGCAGCUGAGAGAGAGACCAUCGGACGACUCUCCGAACCCCAGCAACUCAUGGGCGGAAAAGCCUGGGUCCUCCCCGGAAGAGUUCCCUGACAAGUUGGUGGUGGACUGUUGGAACAUCUUAGAGCAGGAAGACAUUUUCCCCAGAGCCUCAGGGCGGUCGCAGGUGAGCUCCUCAUUUGGGGAAGAGUAUGAGUACCUGCAAGUUCUAUCCAGACCCAACUCCUGGGUGUUGGUCAGGAGCCCGAGCAGAAGCUCCUGCUUGCCUGAGGAAACUCCGGAGACCAGCCCGGGGAUCACCUCCGAGGCCAUCCCGCAGCCCAGGCCGCUCCAGAACCCGGGCUCCGCCAGGAGCGCGAGACUGGGAGUUUUCCUGGAGGAGACUGCGACCUUAAAUCCGUACUUGAAGAAUUCCAUCACAGUAAAGGGAGUUUCUAAUUUCUGA